CUUCUAACGUGAGAACUGGUGGAUGAAUACAAAAACGGUGUCGUUUGAGGGUCCAUAAGUGUUCUAAUGUUCUCCAAGUAGUCAGAAGCUAUAAAGAGUAGGUAAGGCCCCAAGUUCCCGGAUGCUUGGUCUGGUCUUUGGUACACUGCUUUCCUCUCAUCUCAGAUUCAACCCCGCCGGUACCCUCUCUCCCGCCGUAUAAGCCACGAAGUAGUACUUGUAUCAAAUGGCUUCCUCCUUCAAAGCAUUUUUGAACAGUCCAGUCGGCCCUAAAACAGCUCACUUUUGGGGACCUGUUGCAAACUGGGGAUUUGUUGCUGCUGGGUUGGCUGACAUGAAUAAACCUCCAGAAAUGAUCUCUGGCAACAUGACAGCAGCAAUGUGUGUCUACUCUGCAUUAUUCAUGAGAUUUGCAUGGAUGGUACAGCCGCGUAACUAUCUACUUCUUGCAUGCCAUGCAUCAAAUGAGACCGUACAACUCUAUCAGCUCUCCCGUUGGGCAAAGGGACAGGGUUAUCUCUCGGAUAAGAAGGAAGAAGCUUCACCACAGUGACUCAAUGCUAGCACGUUCUGAAUGUAGCAACUUGAAGAGAUUUUUCCAUUUGAAUUUGCGUAUUUAUGAAUAAUUGAUUGUAAGAAAUGCUCGUGGAAACUGAGAGGUUGAGAUUAUCCAAGUUUGUUUGAUCUGGGGAGGGUUUGAAUGGAAGGUCUAAACAAUUAGUCAAUUAGUUAAAGGCAUAUAUGGGUGGGUUUUGUAUGUAUCUCCCCCAGAAGCAUUUUAACUUCGAAGGAUUUGUCCAUAGCUGAAAUUCACUUCCAAGACUGGGAGGUGAAAACUCGACUAUAUGAUUUGGACUUUCAUAUUUAUGUGAAUGAACGUUCAUA